AUUCGUUUGCUGAACGGAUCGUUCGCCAUCGGUUUUAUUGUACUUAUCAGUGGAGAAACCCGAGAAUCUUGUGAAAAUGUACCAGCGGCAGGUCUCCUUUGAUAAGAGUAAAACCUGAAUUAAGACGUCAGGCGCAUAUAUUGGAAGUAGAAACAGUACAGCUUAAUAAGAUGUCAUAUAAAUACAUUAAGAACAAAUAAUUCAGCCCUGUUAGAGGACCUUGUUAUGGCUCAAGAUCUUGCAAAGUAUACUACUUGGGAGACCUUCCCACAGAUACAGCACACCAAGUUCUAGGCCGAGUCCUUGGCAAUAUGCGCUGAUUGCCAUUGCGGUCGGACCUAAACCUUCAAUAUGGGGGUUCAAGCCAAAACACAAACAAUCUCAAUGAUGCAGAUCUGAGCCAACGCGCGUAGAGGAUUCGGCUUACAUAGUCGAGGGUGUAGAUAUUAAGGAGGCCAGGAACACCUGUCUUCUGUUUUCGCCCAAGGAUUCGUCGUUGUCCAGCGGAGCUUUGGCCAACAUUUUGGCCAUCUUCAAGAAGCAUGACAUAAACCUGGUGCAUAUUGAGUCGCGUUCCUCGCUGCGUGUUCCCGGUUAUGAGUUUUUCGUGGAGGCCGAUGGAAAAUCGGGAGCCUUGGGAAAAGCCAUCGAGGAUGUGAAGGAGCAGUGUAGCUACUUUAACAUCAUUUCGCGUGACUACAAGGAUAAUGCCACGGCUGUGCCCUGGUUCCCGCGGCGUAUACGCGAUCUGGAUCGUUUCGCCAAUCAGAUUCUGAGCUACGGAUCGGAGCUGGAUGCCGAUCAUCCUGGUUUUACCGAUCCGGAAUACCGCAAGCGUCGCAAGUACUUCGCCGACAUUGCCUACAACUACAAGCAUGGCGAGCCCUUGCCCCAUGUGGAUUACACCAAGGAGGAGAUCGAGACCUGGGGCAUUAUCUUCAGGAAUCUUACGAAGCUGUAUAAGACACAUGCCUGUCGCGAGUACAACCACGUCUUUCCCUUGCUGGUGGACAACUGUGGAUUCCGAGAGGAUAACAUUCCCCAGCUGGAGGAUGUGUCCAACUUUUUGAGGGAUUGCACAGGUUUCACUCUGCGUCCAGUGGCUGGACUACUCAGCUCUCGGGAUUUCCUGGCUGGACUGGCCUUCCGCGUCUUCCACUCCACUCAGUAUAUCCGACAUCCCAGCAAGCCCAUGUACACACCGGAACCAGAUGUCUGCCACGAGCUGAUGGGCCACGUGCCGCUUUUUGCAGAUCCAGCUUUUGCCCAAUUCAGUCAGGAGAUCGGGCUAGCUUCCCUGGGAGCACCCGAUGAUUACAUUGAGAAAUUGUCCACCAUCUUCUGGUUCACUGUUGAGUACGGCGUGUGCCGCCAGGAGGGUGAGUUGAAGGCGUACGGAGCUGGUCUGCUGUCCUCCUACGGGGAACUGGAGUAUUGCCUCACGGACAAGCCGCAGCUGAAGGACUUUGAGCCGGAGGUCACUGGCGUCACCAAGUAUCCCAUUACUCAGUUCCAGCCUCUGUACUAUGUGGCCGAUAGUUUCGAAACCGCCAAGGAGAAGACCAUUAAAUUUGCGAACUCGAUUCCCCGACCCUUUGGUGUUCGCUACAAUGCCUAUACUCAGAGUGUUGAGGUUCUCGACUCGAAGCCCCAGAUUUCGAAUCUGAUGGACAACAUUAACUCCGAGUUCCAGAUUCUUCAGAAUGCCGUUGCCAAGCUGCGCGUCUGAGUAGAAUUCAUAUACAUUUUUUACUCCCUCUCUUUACUUACUAUUAAGAAUGAAUCAAAUAAUAAAUAACAUGCAAUUAUGUAAGUUUUUGU